AUCGAACUAUGGCGACAACCACUCGCAGUGGGACCAGAAAUAAGGCUCUGCAGACUAGAAUACCGACAGGAAAAACUAUAGGAGUUGCAAACAGAAAUAAAAGCUGCACUUUUUUUUUUUUUUUCUUGAAUCAGUUGUCUUCUGUUGCUGUUAUUAUAGUCAAUUUAAGAAAAAUAAGUGAAAGUAAGACAGGGCAGAACAAAUGCAGUAGAUCAUUAUGGCUUCAGAUGCUAGUCAUAUGCUUGAGGCAGCCUUGGAGCAAAUGGAUGAUAUAAUUGCAGGCUCCAAAGCUGCCACAGAGUCCACCAAUGGCCUCUUUGACAUUGAGGCACCAGUGCAUUUGAGGUCCCUGCAAGUUUUACAACUUACGGAAGAGCUGAGAAUUGCAUUGGAAUUACUGACGAACGAAGGGGAGAAAGGGUAUUUAAGAACACAGAUCUCAGGCGUCACAGCACAGUAUCUGACGGACUGGCUAGAGACUGGCACAGCAAAUCCUCGCUCUUCUGUAAGCAGUGAAACGUAUCAAGAACGUCUGGCACGUUUAGAAGCAGAUAAGGAGUCACUGGUGCUACAGGUAAGUGUGCUCACAGACCAGGUGGAAGCGCAGGGGGAGAAGAUCCGGGACCUGGAGAGCUCUCUGGACGAACACCAUCACAAACGGCAAACCACACAGGAAAUGCUACAACAGGAGCUGCUGAGCAGAACUCGCCUCGAAACCCAGAAACUGGAUCUGAUUGAUGAAGUCUCACACCUAAAACUGAAACUAGUUGGAAUGGAAAAGGAGCAAAAUGAUUGCGACGAGAAACAGCACAAAGCUGAGGGAUUAGCACAAGAACUGAAGCUCCUAAAAAACAAAGUGGAUGAACUGGAGGGGGAAAAAUCUCAGUACGAAAGAAAACUCAAAGAAACUAAGGCGGAAAUAGCUGAUCUUCAGAAGCUGCUGGCAACAAAAGAUGCAGAAAUUGAACGUCUACAGACCCAGCUAUCAUGUAGAACUCCUGUAUCGAGUGACAGUGCAGACAGAGAUCAAGAAUUGCAAAGGUUGAAAAUAGGAAUGGAAUCCUUGUUGGCAGCAAAUGAAGAAAAGGACCGUCGAAUAGAGGAGCUGACGAUUCUAUUAAACCAGUACAGAAAGAUGAAAGACGCUAUGGCCGUGGCACAAGGCUCCUGUGAAAGAAUAUUGUCAGUAAGCAGUGAGGAAGAACUCAAUGGCAGUAUGGACACCAGAAACCCUGUGCACAAAACCAACAUAGAAAACAUUAGAUCAGAGAAGUCCUCCAGGUGUUCAUCGUUCUCCUUAGUUUCCCCUUCAUCUAUACAAAAUGAAUUAGAAACAAGCUUUAGAAGUAUACACACUUCUCCUGAACCCUUACUUACUCCAAACGAAGACAGCUUUGAAGAUCGACAAUGGGCACAGCAAAGGAUGUUAUCCAGUAGUUUGGAAGAAUUACAAAGUGGAUCAUUACAAAAGCAUGUAGUUGCAGAACCAGUAGAACCUGUUGUGUUGCCAGAGAGCCGACCAUAUGUAGAAGAUAACAAGUAUCAGACAUUGCCUGGAAAAUUCUCUCGGGCAAAUCAUAAUGGAGACAAUGAAAAAUACAAGCCCUCAGGUGUCCAAAGAGAUAAGGAUGAGGAUGAAGACAGUGAAUUCAACCUAAACCGCAGCAGGAGUGCCAGUGCUCCAGCUUUAGGAAAGACACUAAAAGCCGAUGACGCAACCCUAAGUUCAUCUGACCUUUCACCUCAGUCCUCUGGAGUAGACUCAGCCCAGCAGUCUCCAGUGUCGCCACAAAACAGAAAGAAUCCCAAAGGAAUCAAGAAAUUUUGGGGAAAAAUACGAAGAACCCAGUCAGGUAGCCUUCAGUCAAGUGACCUGGGCAUGUCGCAAUUCCAAAGAGGGGGGCUGCGGGCCACAGCGGGGCCUCGUCUGGCAAGGACUAAAGAAACAGGAAACACAACAAGUGACCGGAAUGCUCCAUUUUCUCAGUGGAGGACAGAGCAGGUUUGCAGCUGGCUGGAGGAUUUUGGUCUGAGCCAGUAUGUGAACCUGGCAAGGCAGUGGGUUAAAACUGGACACACACUCUUAACAGCAUCCCCUCAAGACCUGGAAAAGGAAAUGGGAAUUAAACAUCCACUGCACAGAAAGAAGUUACAGUUGGCACUCAAAGCAUUCAGUAUGAAACAGGCAGAGAAAUCUGCAGACCUGGACCAUAUCUGGGUGACACGUUGGCUAGAUGACAUAGGGUUACCUCAAUACAAAGAUCAGUUCAAUGAAGGACGAGUUGAUGGAAGGAUGCUACAGUACCUAACAGUGAAUGAUCUCCUGUUUCUUAAGGUCACCAGCCAGCUCCAUCACAUCAGUAUUAAAUGUGCCAUCCAUGUACUGCAUGUCAACAAGUUCAACCCAAACUGCCUGAGACGCAGGCCAGGAGACGAGCAGAACAGCUCGCCCUCUGAAGUAGUGCAGUGGUCGAACCAUCGGGUGAUGGAGUGGCUUCGCUCAGUGGACCUGGCGGAGUAUGCCCCAAACCUGAGAGGUAGUGGAGUUCAUGGCGGGCUAAUUAUUCUGGAACCUCGUUUUAAUUCUGACACCUUGGCAAUGCUCCUCAACAUUCCUCCCCAAAAGACGCUUCUAAGGAGGCACCUAACCACAAACUUCAACACGCUGAUUGGUUCAGAGGCCCAGCAAGAAAAGAGGGAGUUCAUAGAGUCAUCUAGCUACGCACCCCUGACCACCACAGCAAAAGUCAGGCCAAAGAAGCUGGGAUUUUCAAACUUCGGGCAUCUAAGAAAGAAGAAGUUUGACGAGUCCACAGAUUAUGUUUACCCGAUGGACACAGUUCAGUCUGCAACGAAUGGAGCCCAAAAGGGCUAUGGGGGACACAGGAGACUUAGUCCUGUCUUUGACAGGGACUUGCAUAGACUGGAGCAGGUGGGACAAAGCUGAUGUUACACAAACCCAUCCCCAUAGGAAGCUUGCAAACUAUAACAUUGUGCCAUCAUAUAACAUUCAAACUCCUGAACCUUUGGCAUGAUUACUAUUCAGGACAUACUAAACUGGAUAUUCACUGGAAGAAUUUGUGUCAUUUUUUUAAAUGAACUGACAGCCAUGAAGGAUUCAGCAUUUUAGUAUUGAACUGCAUUAAAAUCAUCUUUUUCAUUAUUAUUAUUUUUUACUACUACUACCAAAUGGUCAUGCUAUUUAAAAAAAAAAAAAAAAAAAAAACUUUUUGUAGUCAUUCAUUUGUGCAUGUUAACCUGUAUACAUACAUAUUGUUAAGACUGUUUAUUGACUGUACACAGAAAGUAUUAAAACUUUUUUUUUUUUAAAUCAUUAUUUCUGUUUUCAAAUACCAAGAAAGGUAUUUCACUGCUAUAGGUAAAUGAGCAGAUUUUUUUUUUUUUUUUAAUAGGCACUGUGCAAAUGUUCAUUUAGGGUAUAUUUAAUAUUUAUAUGGUGUAUUCAUGUAAUAUACACCCCUGAGAAACACUAAGAAAGUCUACAACCUGUUUAGCUGUUAUAUGAUGUUUGGUAUUUUCAUUAAAAGAAAAAAAAACACAACAUAUUUUUGUAGCAUUACUAUGCUGUUGUAAUUAAUCAUAUUCCUAUAUUUCAGAACUGUAAAUAGAAUUAUACAAAUUUGGAUUGGGUUACAGCAAAAAAUCUUCAAAUAAUCUUGUUAAUUAUUUUUUUCAAUUAAGUACACAAAUAUGCUUCAUACAUUACAAUGCUCAUCACCAGUUAUUUUUGAGUGCUAUGCCCUCCGACCUCACACUUGUUCAAAGAAUCCUUACCCAUGCAUCUCUCUAGAUUUCAAUAAUAGUAAAUUGUACAUUAACAGCAUUAUCUUAAUUUGCAUGAUUAACCAAAAAAAAAAAGAACUAAUUUUCUAACCUGCUGUCACCAUAAAGUAUUUUUGGUUGAAUUGUGUAAUACAAGUGCGAGUUGGGAGUGUAACAUUGUGCAUCCUCUUUGGAAUCAGCUCAAGGUAUGAAGUGUUUAAUUAUAUUUUCUUCACAGUAUUUUAACAUUAGGUUAGAUCUCUCCCCUGUCCUUAACCAUAAACAGAUGUGUACAUCAUUUACCAGUGUAGACUGUUUUUUGCAACAAACAAAACCCAACAACCUGUCAAUCACUGCCUAGAGCGGCACAGCCUUCUCUAGUACUUUUGAAUUUAAAAUAUUGUUUAAUCAAAUCCUGUUGGUACACAAGGGACAGAUUCUAUCACUAAUUUACAGCCAUCAUCUAAUUCACAGUGAUGUCACGGGGGAGCCUCCAUCGAGUGCUGACCCUUUAACACUAAUAGCCACUGAGCAACUCAGGCUCCAGGGCAUACAGUUAAUUGGCACAAGUUUAUACUGACAUAUGCUGUCCUUCAGACCAUACAAGUUACAAUAAGUAUUGUUUUAAAAUGGGAGACUAAGACAUAUCAUGAAAUUAACCUUACACUGCAUAAUGACUAUAAAAUAUUAUUUCUGGAUGUUAUCUAAAUGUCUUUCACAGCACUAAAGCAGCGAGAUAAUGUUGCACAGUAGUUGGAUGCCAGCGUGUAGUUUUUUUGUCUAAUAAAAUAUAUACACUUUUUAAAA